AUGUCGUCGCUCCCGCCCAACGUCCACGUCUCCCGGCACCCCUCCCUCAAGGCAAAGCUGAGCCAGCUGCGCUCCCGCUCCACCGCCGCACACGACGUCAAGUCGCUCAUCCACGACAUCUCCCUCAUCCUAUCAUGCGAGGCCCUCGCCGCAAACAUCUCCCCUGCUGAGGGAGCCAAGGACCACACACCGCUCGGCUUCGAGUACACCACCACCACCACCCACCCGCAGACCAUGUGCAUUGUCCCCAUCUUGCGUUCCGGCCUUGCCAUGGUAGAUGCCACCCAAGCCAUGCUCCCCCGUUCCGUCCCCGUCCACCACCUCGGCAUGUACCGCGAGCAGUCGACCCUCGCCCCCGUCGAGUACUACAACAACCUCCCCAACCACGUCCCCGACCCCCAAAACCCCGCCGCCUCCUCUGCCAGCUCUCUCGCCAUCGUCGUCGACCCCGUCAUCGCCACCGGCGGCACCUGCAUCGCCGCCAUCCAGACCCUGCGCGAGUGGGGCGCCCAGAAGGUCCUCGUCCUCGCCGUCGUCGGCGCCGCAGACGGCGUCCGCAAGGCCGCCGAGGAGUGGCCCCAGGGCACCGAGUUGUGGAUAGCCGGCUUGGACGAGAAGCUGACGCCCAAGGGCAUGCUCGAGCCGGGCCUGGGCGAUAUCGGAGACCGGUUGUACCUGACUGUUGGCAAGUAG